CCGCGAACCGCAACCACUUGUGCGCACAGCUCCCUCGUGGACGGAGGCAUUAUGACCCAGAGAGAUCUGGGAGAAGCGUUAAUUAACAGAUCUAUUUAGAUUUGUGCUAUCAAAUAGCACAAAUAUGAAAAUUCUCACUUCAAAAGUUAAGUUCCUAUAUAGUGUUAUUGAACAUUCAACUUUCUGGUAGAACUCGAUGGAACUGGAAAUCUAAACUGGAAAUCUCUGCUCUAGAAGUCAAUGGUUCUCCUCCAUUACGGUUGAAUACUUAAGUAUCACUUGCCAUUCUGGCAAGUUUUAGAUAUUUACAGCAUGAAUUCUUCAGCAUACAACGCGCGCCCUCGCGGGCUGGAAGAAGCGCUCCGGGCCGGCGUGCCGCCAAUGCAAGACUUGCUGCUCCUGCUCCUCUCGCUGCUGCUCGCCUUCCAGGCGGUGAAAUUUCUGGUCUUCGAGUGGACACGACGGAGGAGGCUGGAACCGCCGGGUCCUUUCCCGUGGCCCCUUCUGGGCAACGCCGCUCAACUGGGCCGCGCCCCUCACCUAGCUUUCGGGCGCCUGGCGGCUACCUACGGCAGCGUUUUCCAGCUGCGCCUCGGCAGAUGGCCGGUGGUAGUGUUGAGCGGCGAGCGCGCCAUCCGCGAGGCCCUCAUCCGCCAAGGGGCCACCUUCGCGGGUAGGCCUCCUUUCCCUUCCUUUCAGCUGGUAUCCGGCGGUCGCAGCUUGGCCUUCGGCGGCUACUCCGAGCUAUGGAAACUGCAGAGGCGCUUGGCGCACUCGACCUUGCGCGCUUUCUCGGCGCGCCGCCUCCUGGAGCAGCCCUUGCUGGCCGAGGCGCGCACUGUGGUGCGUCUCCUGGUGAGCGCUUGCGCCGGCGGCGCCUUCGUAGAUCCGUCUCGGAGCCUGGGGGUGGCCGUGGCUAACGUCAUGAGCGCGCUUUGUUUCGGCCGCCGCUAUAGCCACGCUGAUGUCGAGUUCCGGCGGCUGGUGGGUCGAAACGAGCAGUUCGGGCGCACGGUGGGCGCCGGGAGCGUGGUCGACGUGCUGCCUUGGCUGCAGCGCUUUCCCAACCCGGUGCGCUCAGCCUUCCGCGCUUUCCGCGCCCUCAAUCACGAGUUCUACAGUUUCGUCCGCCAGAAGUUUCUGUGGCAUCGGAACAGUCUCCGCCCCGGAGACCCUCUACGCGACCUGAUGGAUGCCUUCAUCCGCCUUCAGCAAACGCAGCCUGGCUUGCCUCUGGAGCAUGUGCCGGCCACCGUCACGGACAUCUUCGGCGCCAGCCAGGACACUCUCUCUACCGCCCUGCAGUGGCUCUUGAUCUUCCUCAUCAGGUACCCAGAGGUGCAAACUAAACUGCAAGAAGAAAUAGACAAAGUCGUUGGCCGCAACCGCCUGCCCUGUGCUGAGGAUCAGCCCCAUUUGCCUUCUGUCAUGGCUUUCCUAUAUGAAUCUAUGCGUUUCAGUAGCUUUGUGCCAGUUACCAUUCCUCAUUCCACCACAGCCGAUACCAUCCUGAUGGGCUACCACAUUCCCAAAGACACAGUGGUCUUCAUCAAUCAGUGGUCAGUGAACCACGACCCAGUGAAAUGGCCUGCUCCAGAAGUUUUCAAUCCAGCAAGAUUCCUGGAUGAGAGUGGAUUCCUGAACAAGGACCUUGCUAGCAGCGUGCUGAUUUUUUCAGUGGGCAAACGAAGGUGCAUUGGAGAGGAGUUAUCCAAAGUGCAGCUCUUUCUCUUUACUGCCGUCUUGGUCCACCAGUGCAAUUUCAGUGCUAAUCCAAAGGAAGAUUCUAAAAUGGAUUUCACUUAUGGCUUGACUGUUAAACCAAAGCCAUUUACACUCAGCGUCACACUUCGAGAUAGCAUGGAUCUGCUAGAUAAUGCUGUCCAGGGACUUCAGGCUGAAAACGCAUCUGAAAAUGGCUUGUUUAAUACAUGAAUGCUCAGGUUUGAAUGUUGUCUGUAAUGCUGUGUAAGGAUUGUAUUUCUCCCCUCUUUUUUUUUUUAAAUGAAGCACUUAGAAAUACAAUGUAUUCUGGAGAAAUGCUAGCAAGAGACAAAAUAAGACAAUGUAUGAAUAAGCAUGGUGUGGUUUGCAAAUUGAUGUUUUACUUACCUCAGCAAAUCUUGUCAACGUUCUCUGUAGUGUGAAUUUAAUCAUUAGAUUUCUUCCCUAAUUACACUGUGACAUUCCUAUACUUUGUUCACUUAUCUUUUUACUGGCCAUCCACACGAUUCUCUCAUUACACAGUUCCCUUUCUGUAUUUUCUCUGUGUUUUUAACCUUUUUAGGGAGGGGUAUAUUUAUCUAAUAAUAUUAUAUUCAGAAAAAGACAUGUUAAUGCCUUUAAUCUAUUUUAUAGAUUAUAAAAUAGUACCUACUGUCAAGAUAAUGGACACAAGCACUAGGUUUCAGAUGGCCAGUUAGAUGACUUUUCCACCAACGGUAGAAUUGUCAGAUCUAUUUGUUAAGUGACAAGUAGAAAAAAAUAUAGGAAAUCAGUUUCUGUAAUUGAGUGUCUUCUAGGUGUUAGGGCCCUCAGAAUUCUCAGUAUAUUGGUUUCAAAUGGUAAGAACAAUACAUACUCCUAGAAGAUAUACCCAUCUGAAACCUUAAAUAUAAACUCUGCUUUUUUGAAGAACCUACAUUCACCUACAUAUGGUGCAUUGACAUUUGCUAAAGCAGCUCUAUCUAAUAUAUUGCCAUAGGCUUGUAGUUGUAUUCCUAGUGCUGAACAAAUGUUGAAAUUCAAAUAGGAUUUUUUGUUUUUGUUGCUCAUAGGGUGGCUUUAAAACAAAUUCAGAAAUGCACUUCACAUUAUCUUAACUAAAUGGGUGCAUUGCAUUGCACAUGCAUAACAUAUUGAUAAGAGAUGAUGGAUUUAGUAAUGUGAAUUAUUUUUAUCCCCCUAAUACAUGUUUUCAAGGUAUUCUAUAUCAUUGGAUAUUAUUUGUAGUUCACCGUUUAUAAAUCAGUUAAUUUACCCGGCUUUCUUCAGUUGUGCUUUCUUAAGAAAUGCAUUUCUUUUCAGAAAUAGAAUGACCUGUCCUUGGUCACAAUAUACUUAGAAAUCAUAGGAUAAAAUAAAAUGGAUUGUCUAUGUUUUAAACUAAUUGAAUAGGAAGUCGAAAGCUCUAUGAAUUUUGCUGAUGAAAUCAGUGGUUUACUAAUGAGAGGCAAAAAGUUCCCAAGUUGUAAUAUUUCAUUUAAAAAGGUUCUUAGUAAAAAAAAAUAGUAACAGCAUACAGUCAUUCUGUAUGUUGUAUACAGUUUGAGUGAUGGAAGAUUGGGAUGCCCAGACCCCUUUGAAUUGACUGUCCUCCAUCGACCCCAUGUGAAUUUGUCAUUAAGUCAUUCUUUUCCAGAUCAUCUAAGCCAAACUAGCACAAACUAUCACCUCUCCAGAGACAACCUGAGAACUGAACAUGGGAGUUUGAAAGUUGUCUAGGGUGGAAACGGCUGCUCUCAGACUUUACCUUCCAAAUUGAGUGUUCUAUGUAUGUGUAAACUACAAUUUGAAACAUUAGCACUCAUUUUAGGAAAAUGGAGGGGGGGGACAACACAUCAUGUUUCUAAUUUCCACAUAGUUGUCAUAUUCCAUACAGUUUUAUCCACAUCUGCAUAACCUGUUGGCUUGUGCUGAAGUAUAGUUUUCAGCAGCCCCAAGUGGCCAAUGGUAAGAGAUGCAAAAAGAACAUGGAAGUGCCACAAGUUGCCUAUCCCAAGUAAAGAUUCUCAUGCGGUAUUGCCAAACAAUGUCCUGCAAUACUUUAAAGGUUUAAUAUCAAGUCUUAUCAGGGCAAUCUGACAAAUAUCAAAUUUGGUUCUGAGUAAAACACCCACAGUGAAUAAUAAUUUAGUGCCUUGCUUCUGUUUUUAGAUGUCAUAUAUAGAGCACUAUUCUCAAACCUGCUAAAAACCGAAGUUUCAAAAAACAUCCAGCUGUAUACAUUGGAAAUGAAGCAAUGGGUUUGUGAUUGCCAGUGCAUUAUGUUGACCUUCCUCUUACUGAUACCCUGCAUAGGUGUUAGAGUCAAUUUCCAUAAUAGUCUGCCAACAUGUCCUUUGAUCCUACUGGAUAUUAGUUCAAUCCCUGAAAGGCAUCAUACUGUAUUCUAGAAAGCUAUAUUAUGUAAUCCUGCAGCUGUAUAAACCAAUGCAUUUUCCUGUGCAUUCUAUUUCUGAAAUUCAAAAUAGCAAUAAAUUCAUGCAUUCCUAUACUUAAGAAUUCUUAAUUUCAUACUUAAUUUUGAGAGAGAAAGCCUAGAGUUUAAAAACAAAUUUAGAAAGGUGAUAUCAAUUAUUUCAUAAUCUAACGUAUAAAAUGUGUUCUUAUAGAACUUAGCCUGCUCCUGUGAAACCCUCUGUAUGAUUAUAAACAUAUUAAUCUCAGGUCAACAUAGGAUUGAACAUAGGGUAAUAUUUUUAGUUAUGUACAGAAGGUUUGCAACUGUGUGUUGUGUAUGUUUAUGAAUAUGCAUAUAUAUUACAGAAUGUAAUAUUUCAACAUAAUUCUCACUGACUUUCUUUUAACAAAUGUUGACUGUAACUUUGUUUAUUCAACUUUCCUUAAAAAUAUAUCAGACUGAAAAUACAGCAUGUAUAUAUGCAAACAGAAUUCAGUUAUAUAAAUCACUUUUAAAAUGUUUAAAACCUAUUGUACUUGAUCCAAUAUGCAUAAUGGUGAGUUCCAAUCUGGAUCGGUCACCAGGAUCAGAGAUUUAGUUUUAUGAGACUUCAGACUUGUGCUUGAGCCCAUCGCUGGGCAACUUCUCUCUCAACAGAAUGUUAUUAUAGUACAGUAAUGUGUCACAUUCUGGUAGAGAGAAGUUCCCUGUGGUUGGGCACCAGCAUGACUCCAAAAGCUCAGAAGACUAAACUUCUCGUCCUGGUGACCAGCCCAGACUGGAUACUGCAAGGUUAUCCUGGGACAUGUAUAUUUGCCUUCAUUCAUAAUGGUCACUUCAUUUGAAAGCUAAUAGAUCUGAGCGUUGUUGUUGUUUUUUUGAGAUGGAUGAUUAAUUACCCAAACUAUUUACUAUUUGUUCCUCUAUUCCAAUUACUUUGUACCUAAUGAAAUUUUAAAAAGUAUAUCAAUUUGGAUUGCCUUGAACUUUAUUAUUAUGGCUAGGAGCAGGCAACAUGGAGUCACUCUUAGUGUCCAUCAGGUUUUUAUUGUUUGUACCACCUAACUUAUUUCUUUUCUAAUUCGUUUUAUUUUAAAAAAUGAAUGAGCAGCUAGCAUGGCACACAAGAAAAUGCCAGUCUUCUGAAAAUACUUCUGGCUUAAAAUAUACUACAAGAACUCUUUAAAAAAAACAACCCGUGUGGGAUUGUAAUCCAAUGCUUUAUUUGGAUAAGUGCCCACCUGCCCAGAAAAAAACUUCAAAGAAAAUCUGGGGGUGAUUAAAAUGCAUGCUGAAGUGUUACAGGAAACAUCUUUCCAUUGGCUGGGGACAUCUUUUCAUUGGUAUCUUUUUAAUUUUCUUGUUUUAUAAGAGUGGGCAGAACAUAUUCUUAGCAUUCCAAAUAUGUACAUCCACCCACAAAAUUUGCUUGGCCCUCCUCUAGAAGCUGUGUUGUUUUUCAAAACAGAACAUACUGUGUUUCCCUGAAAAUAAGACCCUGUCUUAUAUAUUUUUUGAACCCUGAAAUAAGCGCUUUGCUUUGUUGCCAUGCACUCAAAAGCCUGAUUGGGCUUAUUAUCAGGGGAUGUCUUAUUUUGGGGGAAACGGUACAUAUUUUGUCUCACCUUCAAAAGUGGGAAAUUUAAGUACUUCUUUUAAAACUUCAUACAUUUAUUCUUAUAAAAUGAAGCGGGAGAGCCAGCAUUAGUUAUAUUCUGUGUUUAAUCAUUGCAUAAUAGUGUUGGAAAUUUCUGGCUUUAGAAAACUCAGAAUCUAGUUUCUGUGUUUGUUUGCUUGCCUGAACUUUGUCCUUUCUUUAAGACUCAACACAUUUCCAGCAUCCUGAUGACCCUGUUGCUGGCCAAUUUAAUAUGGUUCUGUGACUUUGUUUCAUUUUUGGUUAUUAACCUAGCUUAAAUCCCUCCAUCUUAGCUGGGUUCCUUCCUUGGCCCUUUUCUUACCAAGUACAGUUUGUUCCUUAUUCUCUACCUCCAGUUCAUCUACAAAAUCAUAAUCUUUUGUACUUUUGAAGCUUAGCAGAGAAGGUUUUUUGGGCUCGUUUGAUUUAGAUUUAUGAAUCAGCAAAAGCUUUGAAUUACCUUUGUGGUAGGUAACCGUACCAUACUUAGGGCAGCCAGGCCCAGGGUUUAAUGACUAAUGCCUUUUGGUGGUAAAAUAUUCUGAAUAUCCUAAUGUCCUGUGGAAUCAGUUGCCUUUUAUAUUUUAUUGGGAUUUCAAAGAGAUUAGACUUCUAAUUUUAUAUAGAUCUUAUUAUAAUACACAUUCAUUUACAGUUUAUCCAGUAAAAAGUAAAAUUCUAAUUUUAUUUUAUAUUACUUCCUGAUAAUAGUUUAUACUAACUUUGAAUCUUGGGUGUUGGUGUUUCUCCUUUCUUCUAACUAUAGCUAUAAUCUCAGUGGGAGGUUCUUGAUGCUUCCUUUGUUUAUGCUGUAUUCAUCUUGAAAGAACAUGAUUUUUCCUGUGUUUGUACCAUGUUAAUUAUAUGUAUUAUUAAUCUGAGUUGAUCAUGCAUAUUGUUGCAAUAUGGUCGUGUAUAAUGGGGGUUUGUAACUCAUAUGUCCUUAAUCAGUAGAUGGUCUAUGGGUAGAUGUGGUUGGGGAUGAAGUGUUUUGGAUAAGUUAUUAUUGGACUACCUAGAGAAGUCUUCCUAAUCUUCAUUAUUGUAUUAUAUGUCUGUUAUCCAUCAUUAUUUGUAACAAGGA